AUGGCUACUCGGACGUUGGAGUCGCGUUUUGAGCGCAUGUCUGUAAAUGACGAGAAUGAGCCUGUCGAAACCGGCAAGCUCUACUCCAAGACCCAGAGCUCGAGCAGACCAAACCUCGUCAAGGUCGCACUCCAGUCCCAGAGCACCAACGCCGUCGCCUCGGUAACGCUGCCCUCGCAGUCCGCACAACGACAUGCGAAAAACCCUGCGUCGCCCACGAGAAAGCCCCUGCCAUCGACUUCGUCGAGGACGUCCGAUGAGGUCACCGAGAUCGAACGCAAGUCGACCAUUUCCAUCAUCGUCGAGCCCUCGACGCCCAAGGUCUUCCACCUGGGCAUGUUUGAGAUCGGCCGGCCCUUGGGUAAGGGAAAGUUCGGCCGCGUGUACCUCGCCAGGGAGCGCACGAGCGGGUUCAUCUGCGCUCUCAAGGUCCUGCACAAGAACGAGCUCCAACAGGGCCGCGUCGAGAAGCAGGUCCGCCGCGAGAUUGAGAUCCAGAGCAACCUGCGCCACCCCAACAUUCUCCAGCUGUACGGGCACUUCCACGACAGCAAGCGCGUCUUCCUCAUCCUCGAGUUUGCCGGCAAGGGCGAGCUGUACAAGCACCUCCGCAAGGAGAGCCGCUUCCCCGAGUGGAAGUCGGCGCAGUACAUUGCGCAGAUGGCCUCAGCCCUGCGCUACCUGCACCGCAAGCACGUCAUCCACAGGGACAUCAAGCCUGAGAACAUCCUCAUGGGUAUCCACGGAGAAAUCAAGAUCUCGGACUUCGGCUGGAGCGUCCACGCCCCUAACAACCGCCGCAACACAAUGUGCGGUACUCUUGACUACCUGCCACCCGAAAUGAUCAAGCCCGGUAGCUCCGACAACUACUAUAAUGAAAAGGUCGACCUAUGGAGUUUAGGUGUCCUCACAUACGAAUUCCUUGUCGGCGAGGCACCCUUUGAGGACACGCCCGUGAUGACGCAAAGGAGGAUUGCUCGGGCUGACAUGACUGUGCCGUCGUUUGUCAGUCCCGAGGCCAAGGACCUGAUCAAGAAGUUGCUCGUUCUCGACCCCGAGAAGAGAAUACCCCUGGAACAGGUCCAAACCCACCCGUGGAUCGUCAAGCACUGCGUAAAGGGCGAGAGAGCCGCCAACCGCGAGAAGAGCUCCUAA